AUAAAAUUAACUAUGUCAUCAUUGGUGAAAAAGUCCAAGGAUACUUACGAUUUAUUGAUCAAGGUUUUGUUGAUUGGGAAUUCAGGAGUUGGGAAAACCCAAAUAUUGUUGAGAUACACAGAGAAUCAAUUUAAAACUUCAUUUCUGAGCACGAUAGGUAUUGUUUUAAUCUUUUCAAUCUAUAAGGAAUCGAUUUUAAAAUCAAAAAAAUAUCAGUGGAUGAGAAGGUCAUUAAAAUGCAAAUUUGGGACACCGCUGGUCAAGAGCGUUAUUAAACUAUUACUUAAACAUAUUACAAGGGAGCUAUGGGAAUCAUACUAGUUUUCGCAGUGAAUGAUCAGGAAUCCUUUCGUGACAUUGAGAAAUGGAUGAAUCAAAUUAAAUUACAUGCAAGUGACAAUAUCAUAAAAGUAUUAAUAGGUUAGUUUAGAAUAUUAUUAUGAUAUUUAGGAAACAAAACAGAUCUCCCAGACAGAUGCAUCUCUUAUGAGGACGCCCUCAACAUGGCGUAAAAACAUAACAUACCUUACUUCGAAACAAGUGCAAAGGAUGGAACCAACAUUAAUCAGACAUUUUAAUAAAUUGCAAAACUCAUUAAGGACUAGAUUGAAAAGCUCCCCCAAUAAUCAGACAAACCUUUCAACAAGUUAAACCCUGCGAAUCAAGAUUAAUAAAAAUAAGAUGAUUCAGUGUGCUGUUGAUUCAUCUCUAUUGAUUUGUGAUGUCC